AUGGGCAAAACAGAAGUGAGAUACGAGGCAAUGGCAAGUAUGGUAACCAUAAAAGACCUCGAGCCAGAAACCACAGAGGAAGAAGUGUUGGAAGCGGUAGCAAAAGCGACGGGGUCCACCUCCAGCGCUAAGGUGCUUAGGAUUACCUUCACUCACGAUGGAUGCAAAACGGCUGCGAAAGCAGCCAAAACGAGGUGUUACAGAUGCCACGAUUACGGCCACAUCCGAGCCACCUGCAAGGGCAAGGACCGGACUAAGCUGUGCAUGACGUGCGGAAAAGAGGAUCAUAAGGCGAAGGACUGCUCCAGCCCUCCAAGAUGUGUGAUAUGCGAGGAAAAAUGCCACGAGGCCAAGAACUACACGGGAAGCGCAAGAUGCCGUUGCGGAACCAGCACGAGAUAA